AUGGCGGCCGUAGCCGCCGCAAACCCAUCCGCUGCGGCAAUCGCGCCGCCGUCAGCGUCGGCGCCGCCGGCGGCGGCGGAAGCGGGGGAGAGUGUGCGGCAGUUUCGGCUGGAGCGCGAGACGGAGCUGCGCGUCGAGGUGGAGUGGGACGCGAAGCUAACGGUGAAGCUUGUAUCGGGUGUUCACCUGGCACUGGUGCAAUCUGGAGGUGCGCGGGUGUAUUGGCAUAUCUCCCCUUCCCCUGCUUAUUCUAACCCUUCUCCCCGCUUCCACUCGCCUCCCCCCAACCCCCCCUUCUCCCCCUCAGGCGUUCACCUGGCACGGGUGCAGUCUGGAGGUGUUCACCUGGCAUGGGUGCAGACUGGAGGUGCGCGGGUCGCCAACAUUGCCCGAUGCCCUGUGUUCACCUGGCAUGGGUGCAGUCUAGAGGUGCGCGGGUCACCAACAUUGCCCGAUGCCAUGUAUGCAGCAGACGAGGUGAUGAGGUGCCAUGUAUGCUAUGUUGAGCAUGCGGCAAGUGGAGUGGAGUGGAGUGGAGUGGAGUGGAGUGGAGUGGAGUGGAGUCAGCUAGGAGCCUCGUACCUCCCCACCCACCUUGCUGUUUCCCCACCUUACCCCUCGCCAUCCCCUAAACCCAUGGUGAGCUACCUGAAUCUCCACGCGGUGCUGAAUGUGCGGCGAGUGGAGUCAGCUAGGAGCCUCAUGCGCGCCCAACCCGCCUGCUGUUUCCCCCCCUUACCUCACUCCCCCUUCCUCCCCCCCAGACCCCCAUGGGUCCUUCUAGUCGGCCCAACCGAUAGUGGCAAGUCCACACUAGCACGCAUGCUGCUGUGUUGGGCGGCCAGACAGCAAUGGCAUCCCACCUACGUGGAUCCAGACGUGCCCAGGGUACUGCUAGUUGGCCCCACUGACAGCGGCAAGUCAACCCUGGCCAGAAUGCUGCUGUGUUGGGCGGCCAGACAGCAAUGGCAUCCCACCUACGUGGAUCCAGACGUGCCCAGGGUACUGCUAGUUGGCCCCACUGACAGCGGCAAGUCAACCCUGGCCAGAAUGCUGCUGUGUUGGGCGGCCAGACAGCAAUGGCAUCCCACCUACGUGGAUCCAGACGUGGCUCACAGCAGUGUCACUGUCACUGUGCCUCCCGUGCGUGCUCCCUCUUCUCCCUUGUUCAGGGUACUGCUAGUUGGCCCCACUGACAGCGGCAAGUCAACCCUGGCCAGAAUGCUGCUGUGUUGGGCGGCCAGACAGCAAUGGCAUCCCACCUACGUGGAUCUAGACGUGGCUCACAGCAGUGUGACCGUGCCGGGGGCUGUAGCGGCCACGCCAGUGGAAGCACCCCUAGAAGCCAGUGCCAGGACGGUGGAGGAGGCACCCCUGGUGCUGUUCUACGGACACACCAACCCCAGGUUACUGGGUGUGUUGGCCCAAGGGCCACUGUUUCAUGCAGUAGGAUGGGCAGCAGCAGGGAUCAUAGCAAACAGCAUGGGAUGGGUGGAUGGGGCUGGUUACCAGGUGUGUGUUGAUGGGGCUGGUUACCAGGUAUGUGCUGAUGGGGCUGGUUACCAGGUAUGUGCUGAUGGGGCUGGUUACCAGGUAUGUGCUGAUGGGGCUGGUUACCAGCUGCUGCUGCACUCCAUUGAUGCCUUACGGGCCAACGUGGUGCUUGUGUUGGGGCAGGAGCGGCUCUACAGCAUGUUGUCGGAGCACUAUCGAAGCAAAGCAGCAGCUGCUACUGCGGAUGGUACCCCUGUCAGCCAUGCAGCAGCAGUGGAGGUGGUGAAGCUUGUGCGAUCUGGAGGUGCCGUGUCCCGCACUUCUAAGUUCAGGCAGCGGCUGAGGCAAGCAGUCAUCAAGGCGUACUUCUACGGGCCAGAGCGGCAGUUUUCACCUCAUUCGAGCACGGCCAGUUGGUCAGAGUACACGGUGCUGAGAGUAGGGGGAGGGCCGCAGGCACCACAGUCAGCGCUGCCCAUCGGAGCAGCCAGGGUUUCAGACCCGCUUCGCACUGCACCGGUGGUUCUUUCACGGGAGCUGGAGCAUCACGUGCUGGCAGUUUCGCAUGCUAAAGAGGAGAAGGACGCCGUUACUGGGAGCAUCGCUGGAUUCAUCUGCGUAACACAAGUGGAUAUUGCGAAGGGCAAGUUUAUGUUCAUAGCACCUAGUCCAGGGCCACUACCAGGGAAGAUUCUCCUCUUUGGCUCCUUGACCUGGGUGGAGUAA